AUGACCAAAUAUAAGAUCGCUGUGAUACAGUUCUCUCCAAGGCCAAAUGAGAUAGAAUCAAACCACCAACGAGCCAAAUCGUUGAUCCAUGAUGCAGCCGCUGCGGGUGCCCACCUAGCAGUUCUCCCUGAAUACCAUCUUGCCGACUUCUUUCCCAGCCACGACCCUACCAUCAGACAACAGUGCUCCGAUUGGAAGACUUAUCUCGAUAGCUACUGCGAUUUGGCCAAGGAAUGCAAUAUCUGCAUCGUCCCAGGAAGUCUGGGCGAGCUACACGCCGACAACACAAUAGUCAACGCAGCCUACUUCAUCGACAACACAGGAAGCAUCAGAGGUAGAUACGAGAAGAAAAACCUCUGGCACCCAGAGCGGGCCUACGUCAAAAGCUCAAAAAGCGAGACACGUCAUGUCGCAUUCGACACACCACUCGGUAAAGUUGGGCUACUGAUAUGCUGGGAUCUGGCAUUCCCGGAAGCAUUCCGCGAAUUGAUAAUGCAAGGCGCGAAAAUGAUCAUCGUCCCUGCAUUUUGGAGGCUGAGUGAUGCUUCAGAUGAGGGUCUGAAGCAUAAUCCGAGGUCUGAAGGCGAUUUUCUUGAUGCCGCUGUUGUUAGUCGGGCUUUUGAGAAUACUUGCGCGGUCGUGUUUUGCAAUGUUGCCGGCCCCGCUGAUGAGGGGUUUGCGGGUCUUUCGCAGAUCGCGGUGCCAUUCAAAGGUUGUUUAGACAAGUUUGAGGGGAGUGACGAGGGGUUGAAAAUCGUUUCUGUUGAUAUGGCUAUACUAGAAGAGGCGGAACAGGCUUAUAAAAUUCGGGAGGACCUUGCGAAGCCUGAUUGGCACUAUGGAUACAGGCAGUAA